AUGAUAGGAGGGAAUAUUCCUCCUGCUGCUGUUACAGAUGCUUGGUGUAAAUUGUCUUUUACCUCAUUUCCUGCUUCAUCUGCAAGGCCUGGCCGAUUUGAAGCUCUUACGACUAAAGAAGCUGUGGCAUCACAAGCAGCAGUAGGUGAUGGAAAAAAAACGGAACGGUACAAGAUACAGUUGGAGCAUCUUACGGCAGUGCAUUUAGAAGAGCAAAGACUCAAGUUUCGCAUUGAGUUGAUCAGACACAAAGCAACAACUGUUAUACGAGAAUUAAAGCGCAAGUCUGAGGCAUUAGACCAGUUGAUGAUUGAAUGGUCGGGAAAGAGAUUUCAAGAUGAAGUAGAAAGUAUUGAGCAACUUUUAGAGGUGGUGCGGCAAGCUAUUGAAAAUGAAGAAACAAUAAUGGAGACUCUAACCAUUUCUGGAGGUGACUUCACUAUUGAAGAGGAUGUUGUUAUGAUUGAAAAGCCACCUACUCCACGUCCUGUUACUCCACCAGAAGAGACCAUGCCAGACUCAUUUACAGUUGUGCAGUUGGUAAACUUAAAGAAGCAACUUGCAGAAAUUGCUCCUUCCGGUGUGGUUUCUUUCCAAGUGCUCAUUCAGAAACUAGAAGAAUUUCAGUCAAUUUCGUAUGGUGAGGAACUGUUACCCUCACAUUGGGCUAAAGCAUCUCAUGAAAUGCUGGAAGAAAUUGUCAUGUCUCUUGUUCCUUCUGGAUCAGAAUAUCUUGAUUGGUAUCAUUUUCUUGUGCUUGUUGCCUUGCCAUGGCCUUCAGCAACGCAAACAUCUCUUCUCAAUACAUUGAGGAGAUUUAAGGCUGUGGAUACUGCAAAGACAGGCUAUGUGACAUGGGAGCAAUACUGUGAUGUUCAACUAUGGUAUAACUCUGAGCCUCAUAAUUAUGACGCUCUUCAUGAUUCAAACAUUGCUGUGACUUAUGAUCGGGAGUAUAAGUUGAGAAUGGCAAUCUUUACCUUGUUUAAAGAAAAUUUGAAGGAAAAGAAAAAUCUUGAAGUCCUUGAUUAUGUCACUAUGCUACUUCACUUCUGUGUUGAUACUAACCCUGUUCUGGGAUUUAUGAAAGCCUUGAGUGUGGCAACAGGAUAUCAACUCCCUCUUUCUAUAGCUCAUGAGCCAGUUGAGAUGUUAGCAGAUGGCAAUAUUGAUUCAGAUUAUGAAAUACCUUUGGAUGCAUUUGUGCGGGUGCUUCACUUGGGCAAAGCAAGCUUAGGUUAUGUACAUCGAUAUCGAGAAACAACGGACCCUACUGACAAAUUGUCAAAGGAUUUGCUUGUAAAAGCCUAUGCAAGGUACCAGGCAGGGCCCAAUAAACCAUUGCCUAUCUCAGUAUUUAUGAAAGACGACAUUAUUUUGGAUUGCAUUCGAGCUAGCAAGCGGUUCAAACUUGUAGAUUUUCGUUCCAUUGUUCUUCUAGCAGCAGAGCAAGGUUUGGCUAUGGAAGGGUAACCCCAACGUAUGAUAUGUCCAUUUACAAUUUGAUUGUACUAGCGACCACUUACUGUUUGUCUUGUGUGUUAUUGGAUACUGCAGAAUGCAUACUAGUAGAUUCCAGUCAUAUUCUUUACAAGGUUAUGGCAGCUUACUGUAGCAGCAUUAUGCCUCGACUGCAUUGUAGCGUUAUAAAUGGCUUGAUUUAAUUAGGACAGAGUUACACAACAAAAGGCAACGCACUAGCUAAACAAAACAACUACAGU